GUCUGUGGCCAAAUCAGUUGCAAGUAGCUCUCUUGAGUCCUAUAUUCAUCAAAAAGAUGCUAAUAGUCACAAUAAAGAUAAGCUCAAACUACCUGAAAAAAGAGAUAUUAUUUUCGAAAAUGGUGAUAAAGAUCAAUAUAUAGUUCAGCUAGAUGAUAUAAUUGGGUAUACUGAUAAACAA